AUGCAGCGGGUAAAAGUUUUAUUGAUUUCGUUCUGUUUAAUGCUGUGCGCAUUAUGCAUCAGUGGCUUUAGUGAAGAAUCAAUAUUUGAAGAUGAGGAUAUUUAUCGCAUGGCGUUGCCACCUCCAAAUGCCACAGGGACCACUGUGCCGGGUACUAAAUGGUGUGGUCCCGGUAAUACUGCCGCCAAUUAUAAUGAUUUGGGUAAGCAUCGUGAUACGGAUACAUGCUGUCGUGAACAUGAUCACUGUGAAAUGAUUAUUGAACCGAGUACAUCAAUGCAUGGUAUUUCCAAUGGUGGUAUGUUUCCAAUCAUGAAAUGUUCCUGCGAACAGAAAUUUAUCAAUUGCCUGCAAGCUGUCAACAGUAUGGUCUCAAAUACCUUGGGCCAUAUAUAUUUUGGUGCCACUAAGCACUGCGUGGAAUACGGGUUUCCCAUUGUGAGCUGUAAAAAAUAUAUGGAAGGUACAUUCCGUAAACGUUGUAUACGCUAUAAUAUUAAUAAGAAACGUCCGAAAAUUUGGCAAUUAUAUGAUAUACCUUUCUAUACAACGAAUAGUGUUAAUAAACCGAAAUGAGUUAAA